GUGUAACUACCUGUCUUGUUUGGACUAGUACUUGAGACCUUGAACGUCUAUAUUGAGAGCUUUCGCGAAUUCAAUUUCACAUACGCGAAAUUUUGGCGUGUACCUUUUAAAGUCAAUUUCAUUUUUGACACACUAUCGAAACGAACUGAAAGCUCCUACUCUAUUCGAUAUGGAAGAUCCACGUGAGAUUCAGUCUGAUGAUGAAUUCUCCAAGCUUACGGACGAGGAAAGAAUCGAGCCCGAAGAUAGUGGCGAUGAAUCGGUUGAUGAGGAGCUUCAGAAACUUGAAAGAAGAAAGUUGGAAUUAUUAGAGAAGAAGAAAAGAAAAGUUGAGCUUCAAGCUAGGAAGAAAGCGACUGCUGAAGUUAGCAGAUCACCAUCGCCAGUUAAACAAAAAAGAUCUAAUAUUGAAGAUGUGAAACCAAAGAACCUAACUCGAGAUUUAACACAUUCAAAUGAUACUGACCAAAAGGGAUCAACUUCAUAUUUCAUCAAAAUGCUCGAUGAAAGUCAAGAUCAUGAUCAGAAUGAAAAGGAUGAAGCAAGAAAGCUGUUAAGUUCUAGAAUCUAUACAUUUGAUGAAGAUUUAGUUUGUGAGCCAUUUGCAGUUAAUGAAAAAGAAUAUUUUUCUGCUUUGAAUGUAUCCAAGAGAUAUCUAACCCAUGAAGCACUUUCAAGCAUACUAGAGGAGAAAAAAAUAUUGAGACUCCCUAAACUGUAUGCAAAAGUUGCACCACCAACAUUUGAUGAACCACGUUAUGCUAAUUGGGUUGUUAUUGGCAUAAUAAGUAAAAAAUCAUCACCAAGAGCCACAAGUGAUAAUAGAAGUAAAUUUAUGACAAUAGCUUUGACGGACUUCCAAUUAACUGUUGAUAUUCUUAUAUUUGGUAAAAAUGUUGAAAAAUAUGUCAAGUUAAGAGUCGGAGAUAUAGUUGCCAUUUUGAACCCAGAGAUCUAUAUCUGGAAGCCAGAUAGUCAAGGUGUUAUAAGGUCUUUUAGUCUGUCUAUUAAGCAUUCUUAUGAUUGUGUUUUGGAAAUUGGUAAGGCUCGAGAUUUUGGACUUUGUCAGUCGAUGAAAAGAGAUGGUACUAUAUGUGGAACUCCAAUAAAUACAUCAAAAGAGGAUUGUUGUUUUUAUCAUAAAGAACUAAGAAUAAGAAAGACUCAAGGUAAAAGAGUUGAACUUAACGGAAGUUUCAGCUUAAGAUCACCAACCAAGAAUGGUAGGAAACAACAAUUUCUUAUGGGUGGUAAAGAUAACAAGGGAAAUUAUUCAAAUAGUACAAUUGUGGAAGAUAGAUAUGCACCUAAAGUUGAUAGGAUUUCUAAAUCUUUGGUUUAUUUCAGUAAUCCACAUGCUGGUAAGGCUUUUUUCAAUGAUUCAUAUCAAAAUCCAGAUAUAUUGAAAAAUAUUGAAGAAAAGAAAAGAAAGAUCCAAGAAAGGAAAAAGGAAUCUGCAUUAAGAGCUAAGCUACUAAGGCUUGGUGAUAAACCAAUUGAAAAAAAGGCACCAAUAAGUAAGGAAGAACAAAUUGCAUUGCAAAAGAAGAAGGCGCUUUUGAAAACUGCUUUCCAAAAGGAUACGUUGAAAAACAUUGGGUAUGAUCCAACUUCUAAACCAAACGCUAAAGGUGUUUUAGAUUCAGAUGAAGUUGGUGAUGCAAACGAAACUGUAUUGAAUGAGUUUUCUUCUUUGACGCAAAAUAAAAACAUAAAUCUAGGUCUUUCCAAAGAGGAACUUGCCAAAAGAAAAGAACAAAGAGUUCAAGCUGAUAGUUUGAUGAAAAGACUCAAGGACAGAGAGGAAAAAAUGAAAAGGGAAUCCUUACAAGAAACGUUUACAAAGAAGAGAAAAGGCAAAGAUGUCAAUCUAGAUAGUGAAUCAGAUUCGGACUUUGAGGUUGAAGGAGGAGAUACAAAAGAUGCGUAUAUAAAGUUCAAACUAUCACAGUCGAAAAGCCAAAGGCUAUGA